AUGAAGUUUCGAUCCCACAAAUAUCUCUGCAUCCAAAAUUUUUUUCAUAAAAUUAAUUAGGCGGACAAGGUGGACAAAUAUUGUUUAUAGGUGAUUUAUAAUGACAACUUGUACAUUGAUUUGAUUUUGGCCCUGUGCAUGAACUACAUGAUGGGUAGCAUUAAAGAUUUGAGAUAAAUAUAUUUCUAAUUGAAACUUAUCCAUUAUUUGUAUUUGAUGAUGUAAAUUAUAUUGAACUAAUAUAAGAUUGUUCAUUUAUAAAAUUAACAGUUCUAACUUCAUAAGCAGUUUCAUCACAAAAUCCAUUUGUUUGCUAAUAAUCAGUAGGAGAAGUGUAAUUAUAUAAAUAUGAAAAUUAGUCUGUCAUAAUUGUAACAGUUUGCGAUGCCCAGGUACCUUAAAAAUAUAAGUCCACUGAAAAAAAAUAUCGAUAGCUUAUCGAAAAAAGCGAAUAACUCUUAGCUGAUGGAAAUAGACUGUCAAGGGUAACAUAGCUUGAUGGAGGUAUAGUGCAAGUUAUAAAAUUAGCUGUUUCUUGUUUGGAUGGCAAUAUAAAGUACCCCGAUUAUUGA